UGGAAGUUCAUCCGCGUUACGGUAUCUUGAGUCUUGUGUCGAUGUAAACAUUGUCUGGUGUUAAUUAGGAAUCGAACGAGAAGGAAUUAAAUUCGAAUCGGCGAGUCGACUGGUGUACGCCACACGUGCUUCUCAAAUCUCAGGUGAUCCUCAAUCUUUUCCUCGCACAAGGAAGUUCAUCCUGUUCGUUCGACUAGCCACCGGCCAGAAAAAUGGAGGACACCCAGAGAUACGAAGAUCAUACCAUAUAUAAGACACGGUCACCCUGCCGGCUGCGAAAACUGAGAGACAUGGUCCCAGCGCGGGUGGUACUCUACAUGCUCUCCUUCUCGGGAUUCACCGUCUCUUUCAUGAUGAGAAACGACAUCAACAUCGCUAUGGUGGCGAUGGUCAAACAGCCGUCGACGACGUCAAAUGAUACCACUGUCGCCGUCACGUCUCAGUAUUGUUACGCAACGCCGAACGCAUCGUACAGCAACAACCACACGUUCGCCAACAACGAGGAACAGGGGGAGUUCGAAUGGAGUCCGACUAUACAGUCCGCCAUCAGCGGAUCGUUCUACUGGUGCUACAUACUGUCGCAAGUGGUCGGCGGUGUGCUCACCCAGUAUUUCGGCACCAAGACGGUAUUCGGCGGGUCGCAGCUGAUUACCGCGAUCUGCAGCCUGCUAAUGCCAUCCGCAGCGGGAAUCCAUUAUGGCUUUAUGAUCGCUCUUAGGAGUAUACAGGGCAUUGCGAGUGGACUCACGUGGCCCGCAAUGUACGCCAUCGUCGGGCACUGGAUCCCGCCCGUGGAACGUUCACGUUUCAUGUCUUCCUUCCAAGGGUUCAGCUUCGGCAUCGGGAUAACCUAUCCACUGUGCGGAUUCAUCAUCGCUCACUUCGGAUGGCGUCUGGUCUUCUACACGACCGGCAGCAUCGGUAUGCUCUGGUGCCUUUUCUGGUACUUCUACGCCUUCGAUACGCCGGCCGCUCAUCCGAGAAUAUCGCAGCAGGAGCUACGGUAUAUUCAAGGAAGUGUUGGAAACCAAGUUCACGGGACGAACGAGAGCAUGCCAGUUCCGUGGAGGUCCAUCCUGACGUCGUGGCCGGCCUGGUCGAUCGGAAUUACCACGUUCGGAAGGAUAUGGGUGCAUUACAUCUUCAUUAUCUCCGGACCAAUGUACAUGAAGACAGUUUUAGGAUUCAGUAUUCAAGCGAACGGUCUUCUCUCUGGUCUACCCUUUAUCUGCAGUUACUUCAGCUCUGUCGCGUUUUGCUAUAUAGCUGAUGUCCUCGUCACGCGACAGAUCCUCUCGUUGACGAACGUUCGGAAGGUGUUCACUGCUGCCUCUCAAGUAGUUCCUGGAAUAAUGUUGGUAUUGAUCGGCUAUCUGGGCUGCAACGUCGUUCUCGUUUUAGUGGUGUGGUUCAUAGCCGUCACCCUUAUCACUGCUGCCUACGCGGGGGCGAUGGCAAGCAUCGUUGAUAUCGCGCCAAAUUUCGCUGGUCCGAUAUUGGCAUUUGCACAGACAAUUCACAUGUCAGCGAGUUUCCUAUCCCCGGUUGUAGCUGGUCUGCUUACCCAGGACAGCCAAGCCCUCGACGCGUGGAGGCAAGUGUUCGGCGUGACCGCAUGCGUCGCGUGCGGCACGUACGUCGUCUAUCAGAUUUUCGGUACGGGUGACAUCCAGCCGUGGAACUAUCCCGACCAAAAGUAUCCGCAAUCCGUUCAGGAGGAUUCGCAGCCGUUGAAUGAUUCCCCCCAAAAGAAUGGGAAAAUCGUUAAGUCGAACGUUACCGAGGAGGCGUAACGUAAUUCGUCCUGGGAGGAGGAUAACGAGAGGUGCCACGAGUCGCGAUUUGUAUUUGGAGCUAAUUAGAAAAUACUUCUCUCCUGGCUUCGAGGCCAACUCAGCCUGUGUACAUGGGAAACGUCUAUUUUUUCGUAACGUCCCCGAGUCCGUGUAAAUAUUUCCCAUAAUCCACGGUGGGAGAAGCGAUAUAGAAGUCAGGGUAUGUACAUUCAAACUUCUCUACAGAAUAUUUUUAUCGCGAUGUCGCGUUACGCUUCGAUUUUUCUCUUCAUACGUUCCUCGGCAUAGCACAAAUGCUCACGCAGCGUAUUAGUUUAUUUUUUCGAUUUCGUACGAGUUGUCGGCUCGUUUAUGUUCUCUCUGAUCAAAACCUUUCUUUUGUGCCGAGAACACUAGAUCAUUAUAGGUGGCCGAAAAUUCGGUGGUCACUCGAGAUCAGUGGCCAUAAAUGUACGAUACGUCCAUUGUCC